UGACAGAGCCCUACAGAACAUUUAUUUUGAUCGUGGGCCAGUGUCGAAGUGUCAACAGGGUCUCCAUGUCUUGGCGUAAUGGAGGCCCACGGUAUUUUAAAAGCAUUUCCGAAAGUGAAGCGAUCAAAGAUAGUCGAGACCAAGGAUGCACCUCCACCCAAGAAGAAGCCCGGUGAAAUUGUAACAGGCUCUGUGUUCCAAGGUGUCUCUAUACACAUCCUUCCAGCUGGCAUUGGGAAAGCCAGAUGUGAGAUCUUCCAGAGACAGAUCACCCAGAAUGGGGGAAAGAUUGAGAACGCAUUAGGCCCUGGUGUGACCCAUGUCAUUGUGGAGGAUACCAUGGACUGCGAGCGAGCGUUGAGGCUGCUGAAAGCAGACACCUUGCCUUCCUCGGUCAAAUUGGUGAAGUGUUCUUGGCUGAGCAUGUGCAUAUCUGAAAAACGGUUACUGGACACUACAGCCCACUGUCUUCUCCUUCCAGACAGCAGAGACACGCAAGGCAAUAAAAGCAAGGCAAAAGAAGAGCCUGUUAAACACAACUCUACCAAAGAAGAUGUGACACAACAGCAUGACUUCCAAACAGUGCACGAAGACCCAGCACAUACGAUGACGCAAACGCAGACGCAGACGCAGGAAGGCAAAGACAACUACGGGGACGAGGAUGGCGUGUCCCAAAAUGACCUGGAUGCACUGAUGGGUGGCCAUCACCCUACGGUGGGUCCCUCGAGCCCGCCGGACACCACGGCUGCCACCGCUACCGCCACCGCGCCACCACCGCCCAGCCUGCCCGGGAAGUGGGUCUGUGCCCAGUCCUCCGUGGCCAAGUGCAACAACCACAACAAACACCUGACCGACAAGCUAGAGCCUCUGGCCAAGGCCUACACACACAAGGGGGACAGGUGGCGCGCCCUGGGCUACUCCAAAGCCAUCAACGCCCUGAAGAGUUACCACAAGCCAGUCACGUCUUAUGAGGAGGCGUGUCAGAUCCCUGGCAUCGGCCACAAAAUGGCCGACAAGAUCAUGGAGAUCAUGGAGAGCGGACACCUGCGCAAGCUGGACCACAUGGGGGAGGACGUGCCCGUGCUGGAGCUGUUCUCCAACAUCUGGGGCGUGGGAGCCAAAACCGCGCUCCUCUGGUACCAGAUGGGGUUUCGCACCUUGGACGACAUCCGUACCAAAGCAACUUUAAAUCACACGCAGCAAAUUGGCCUGAAACACUACGACGACUUUCUGGAUCGAAUGCCGCGCGAAGAAGCAGCCGCCAUCGAGAAGACGGUCCGGGAGGCUGCUCACGCCGUAGACCCGGGCCUGGUGUCGGUGGCCUGUGGCUCCUACCGUCGAGGGAAGGCCACGUGCGGAGACGUGGACGUUCUCAUCACUCACCCGGACGGAAAGUCCCACAGGGGCAUCUUCAGCAAAGUCCUGCACAUCCUGCACGAGAGUGGCUUUCUCACGGACGACCUGGUGAGCAGCGAGGACAACGGCGAGCAGAAGAAGUACAUGGGCGUGUGCCGGUUGCCCGGCCCCGGGCAGCGUCACCGGCGGCUGGACGUGAUCGUGGUGCCGCACGGCGAGUUCGCCUGCGCGCUGCUCUACUUCACGGGCUCGGCCCACUUCAACCGCUCCAUGCGCGCCCUGGCCAAGACCAAGCGCAUGAGCCUGUCCGAGCACUCGCUCAACUGCAACGUGCUGCGGCAGGGCGCCGCCAAGGUGGCAGCGGGCAGCCCUCUGCCCACGCACAGCGAGAGGGACGUCUUCACCCACCUGGGCGUCCCGUACAGGGAGCCCCACGAGAGAGACUGGUAGUGUGUGUGUGGUGACGAGGGAUUUCUUUUUUUUCUCUCCCUGAUUCAGGACUUCUGUGGAGAUAUUUUAAGGAGAUAUUAAAAUAUCAGGGAGCCCCACGAGAGGGACUGGUAGUGUGUGGUGACGAGGGAUUUUUUUUUUCUCUCCCUAAAUCAGGACUUUUGUGGAGAUAUUUUAAGGUUUCUUUGAGAAAUGGUCCGUGUUGGUAUGCGUGUUCCUAUUUAAGAUCAUGUUGGUAACAAUUAAGGGAUACUGAGGACUUUUCAGGAAAUGAAGGAAAACUGAGAGGAGUGCACAGCAAACUAUCAUGUUGAGUAGACGGGGGGGGGG